GGAUAUCCAAAAGUAAGUUUGAAAACUAGCGCUAGUACUACAGUUCACCACUUAACAGUUUCUAUUUCUAGUUUAUACGCUUAUUCCUGGCUAGACAACUUAAACCAAGAAGAAUGGAUGAGAAAGCUGAUAAGAGAGUUCAUAGAACCUUUCAGGUAUUUUAAUCUUGCACUAUUUCGAAAUGGAAAAAAUUCGAUCGUUGCAACUAUCCUUGGGGCAACUGCGCCAAAUCGGUGUCUUGGCGGGCAAUGCAUGGACAAAAGAAGAACCGAAGACACUGUGUUGUGUUGUAAAGGUCACAAUAGUGAGAAAUUUCCACUCAUGAUCGUUGAAAUGAUCGCAUAUAAAUCAGAUCAUAAACGCGUUGCAAAUUCUCUUAACUGUAAACUCCAAGGUGGAGAUCUUCCUAGUUGUAUUUGUUAUAUGGAACAUGUUAAAGAGUAUUAUGGUUUUGAUCAUAUCAUUAUCAUCGGAGAACUUCAUACUGGAAUUCUUUUCUUGGACUGCUAUG